GAUGGUUUCUUCGAUAUAAAAUGCUCUGUAGAGUGUUUUCCAUUUACUCGCGUACGGCUGCAGAGGACACGAGAUCAGACAAGAGCAAACUUCGGACGGGCUUCGCACGUGCUUGCGUCACUGGUCCGCAUAGAUUAAUAGGUCUGAAUAGAUUAAUAAAUUACUUGGUUGACACCUAAGGUAAAAGCAGUCGUGGACACUGCUGUGGAGGGAAAGCUUGGCGGGAUAACACGAGGAUAACUUAGUACUUGAUAUACUUCCAGAGCUGUGUUAGAGGAUACGAUUCGACCGCCUUGGAUUGAGUGAUUAACCCGAAAGAAGGUGAGUGCGCUGAUUAGAAGAUCGUUGGAAAGAAGGGAGUCCUGCAAGAUGACGUGUAAGGUGCGCCUCCUCGGGCUGGUCCUUCUAGGACUACAUGCAUUGUGUAUAGCAGACGACGCACAAACCGAGCCCAGUGGAAAUCUAGUCGAAACAUUAGACAAUGCCAAAGCCAAGCGUGACGAUGCAGAUAGCAAUUUAGUAUCACCGGACUCUUUAGCGAAUAAACAAGCUGCCUUAGAAUGGGCAAGAACAUUGCGUGAUCCGAAGGAAGCCAAACGAGCAUGGAACGAAAUGGGCAUGUGGGGAAAACGCGCUGCAGAUAAAAAAGCUUGGAAUGAAAUGGGCAUGUGGGGAAAACGCGCUGCAGAUAAAAAGGCUUGGAAUGAAAUGGGCAUGUGGGGUAAACGCGCUGGAGAUAAAAAGGCUUGGAAUGAAAUGGGCAUGUGGGGUAAAAAACGCGCUUGGAAUGAGAUGGGCAUGUGGGGAAAACGUGACGGAGAUAAAAAGGCUUGGAAUGAAAUGGGCAUGUGGGGUAAACGUGACGGAGAUAAAGGGAAAAAAGCUUGGAAUGAAAUGGGCAUGUGGGGAAAACGCGAUGGCGAUAAAGAGAAAAAGGCUUGGAAUGAAAUGGGAAUGUGGGGAAAGCGUGAUGGCGAUAAAGAGAAAAAGGCUUGGAAUGAAAUGGGAAUGUGGGGAAAACGUGAUGGCGAUAAAGAGAAAAAGGCUUGGAAUGAAAUGGGCAUGUGGGGGAAACGUGACGGUGAUAAGCGAGCUUGGAAUGAAAUGGGCAUGUGGGGAAAACGUAAUGCGGACCGGCGGGCUUGGAACCAGAUGGGUAUGUGGGGAAAACGAGACGCUGAGAAACGCACAAACGUACCGGCUGCAGCGGAAAAGGACAAACGCACAUGGAACGAUAUGAACAUGUGGGGCAAGCGGACAGCCCGAGAUGUGAGUGGCGUGAAACGAAAUUGGAAUGGCAUGAACAUGUGGGGAAAACGGGACGGUGACAAAAAGGCUUGGAAUGAAAUGGGUAUGUGGGGAAAGAGGAACUGGAAUGGCAUGUCAAUGUGGGGUAAACGAGAUGCAGAGCAAGCAACGAACGAAGAAAAACGAGCUUGGAAUGAAAUGGGCAUGUGGGGCAAACGCGAUGGCGAUAAACGAGCAUGGAACGAAAUGGGCAUGUGGGGUAAACGUAAUGCAGAUAAGCGAGCUUGGAAUGAAAUGGGCAUGUGGGGUAAACGUAAUGCAGAUCGACGAGCAUGGAAUGAAAUGGGCAUGUGGGGAAAACGAAAUUGGAACGGCAUGAACAUGUGGGGAAAACGAAGUGAUGACGACAGUUCUAAGAUUAUGGACGCCAUUAUUGCCAAUAAAAUGGAGAAACUGUUAAACCAGGCAAGUGAGUAGAGGAGUUGCUUCUCUCACAUUCUGUGUACAGGAGUGUUGACCCUUUUAUAGCCAUUACAAGUUAGUGGAUGUACAUUGGCCGGUGUCCUGUUUGUGUGUCUCCUUGCUUCACAUGGGGGCUCGCGGCGAAGCCUGAUACUAUCACGUGGUCCUUACUCAUCCCAAAUAACCUUGACCUUUGAAUUUUACUUUGUUAGUGAGAUCAGGUUUCGAACCUUGAUAAAAACUGAUCGACAAAUUGAUUUAAUUCAAAUUCCGAGCAAUUUGAAAUAAUAUUUAAAAACCUGUUCACCAAUGGAUUAUUUUGCUCCUUGCGAUUACCUGCCUGUAGUUUCCCUGCCGCCAGUGAAUAAUUUUUUGAAGUAUUUCAGCGAUAUCAAAUGCUUGGAUUCUAACGAUGUGAUUAGGCAGAGUAUAUGGGACAAAUAAUGUACAAUACCAUAAGCAUUGAUAUGAACAACUACAAAAUGUUAAUGGACUAUAGAGAGCCCUCAAGCGGAAUAGUUUGUCAUCAGAUUUCAAAUUCAAACUGUUGGAAUAUACUAACCUUGAACUUUUUGAAAGGAGUAUGCUAUCCCUGGUUUAGAGACUGAGUAGUGAGCCUCGCCUUGGUCCAUAUUGGCAAGCGACUAAAAAAACAUGCUGGGCAAAGCAACCUUAAUUUGCGGCCAUUUCGAGUUUCCACCAUGUUUUGUGUCGAGUGAGUACGUUAUUAUUGUGUCCUAUUUUCCUGCAUGCGUACGUGACCUAUGUAUGGGCACUGCGUGUCUUGUCGAUAAAUCCCUGUAGAUUAAAAUGAGAAAGAUUAAGAGUGAGAACACAAACUUUUGGACCUCUCCAAAUGGCGUUUUAAGGUAGCUUUGUCCCUCAUGGAGUGUAGAUAUAUGGCGUCAAUCGGACUUGAACCCAUCACGGUCUAGCAGUUGUGAUAAGUAACCAUCCUGGUUGUGUAACCUAUGUGUAGAUUAUCAUCGUGUUGGCUUUAUUUAGUAAGGUAUCGUGAAGUUCGCCAAAGAACCGGUGAUAUCGCUUGAACAAGCUGCUUGAAGAAGCGCCUUGUUUGUAUUUUUUGUGCUGCAUCACCCUGCUCACAAAAAUCUUCGUGGUGGUAUCCGUGUCGCAGGAUACAAGAUAAAGCCAAGCUAUUUUUUGUUCGCCGACAUUUGGUGAAGAAAUUUUUCUGACUCAUUCCUAUAUUCAACAUAGUGAUAUGCAUUCUGACAAAAUUCUGCCGUUUUGCGUUCGCCAGCAGGUCUAAUACAUGUAUAAUAAAACAAACCGGAUGAAUUGGUGAAUACGUUGGUAACAUUUCUUGAGCUCAGAAUGGCAGAAGCAAAAAAAACAAACAAAUGCCUAUCACUCUUUUUCAAGCUACUUGGCUCAAACUGGCCUACAGGCUUCUCAGAUAUUGUAAAAGUGGUUCUGAACAAUGUAACACAGUGUUCUUGGAGUAGACAUUUCUUUUAAGUUUAGCAAGUUUUACUGUUGACUAGUUGUUGAUGUCUUGAGUUAGUUACGGUUGAUACGGUUCCGAGACAGUGCGUCGCCAUUAUGGACCAAGUGGGUCAGAGCUUCAGAUAUAUACAUUACAUUUCAACUCUACCGGUCUUUUACGUUGAUACAUACAUAGAAUCUGAAAAGUCAGCCAUGAAAUUUGAUUGAUUCGGAAAACGCUAUGCCAAUUCUAAAAGGUGUUUUACACACCAACUCGAGUUGGCGGUUUUCUGUUCAAAAGCCCGUUAUCUGUCAUAAUCUCAGUUUUACAUACAUAGAGAAAUCAACAAGAGAAACGUUUGCACGUCAAAACUAUGUUAGUAUGGUCAAAGGACAUAAGGGUCAGUCGAGAUGUCAGAAUUCAGCCCUCACGGAGUAGGCAUGGUGGUUUCCUAAUAUCAAACAUAUAUCUUACAAUGGAAAAAAAUAGCCUGGGCGGGCAUCCUUUAGUUUGUUUAUCCCCGGCUCUCAUGAUAAGCCUGAUACUUGCGAGAGUGCAUUGAAUGAUUACACGACCUUCCAAACAGACAAAUCGCUUAUUUCUUAACCUUCAUGACCAGCAAGGUCGAUUGAACGGAACUGCUAAUGCGAAUUACCGCAAGCUGCAACUGAGAGGAUGUUUGCUUUUAGUGCAAAAAUACAUGGAAAUAACCAGACUGCAUUUCGCGUAGACGUGUGCGAACAUGCUUUUGAGAGUCAGCGGCAAUUUUGAAAGAAGUGUUUUUCCUAUCACACAUAUUAGCCAUGUAAGAGAGCUUAAGAAAUUGACCUUACCAGAAAUUCUCGAAAGUUUCACCUGCAUUAAGAGCAAUUUAAGUUUGUAAAUACUGGAACAAAGUUUGUGCUGGCAGCAGCAUGUCUUAUAAGUGUAUUAUGAGUGUUUCAGAAUACAUAAGUACCUUUGUGCGGCAACCGAAGUUGGAAGAAAACUUUUAAUUUAGAAUAUAACUGUGUUGAGAGAAAAUAUUUGCAUUGUGCAAAACUGUUGUCAUACGAUAAUCGGACAUUACGUAGUUGGCAUAUUACAUUGAUACACUUUGACACAUUCUGUAGAGCCUUAUAAGUACAAGUGCUGCCACCAUACAUAGUGUCAUCUUUGGUACCAUCCAGUCCCAACAGUUCUAACCCUGUAAUAUACUCUCCUAAGUGCCAGUGAACCAUUCCUGCCAGAGCGAAACGGAGUAAACAGUGUGCAUAUAUCAAAAUAAAGGUAGUCAAGUUGAGUUCGCAUGGGACAGUUUUAGAAGUAACCGGGUUUUUCUCUUUAUCCCCUGAUUCCAAAUCCCAGUAACAAUCAAAUUCCUCCUCUUAGUGCUGUCACUGACGAUACUGUUGCUCCACAAUCCUGGGGCAGCCUGCUGAAUGAAAGCUUCUGUCUUCAUUCAACGUAAACCUAUCCCGUUGUUACCAGUGCCAUUCAUCUUUAUCCACAGCCAUUCCAUGCUGACCCAAACUUGUAUUACCAUUUUACAUGUCUUGAAGAUGACAUUGGAAGCAUUUACAUGUUCCUACAAAUGAGCUGUAGUCAUGAUGUUCCACGAACUGAUGCCAGGGGGUCGCAUAGAUCCCAGUUUAUUGCAUUCUGAUCGCCCCGGCACAUCAUGAUAUUAAGUGUGAUUAAAUAAACGUAUCGUUCAAGUCCCGCGGAGUAAUCCAGACAGUUCAUGGAAAAUCAUGAAAACGGCUCAUUCUUUUAAUUAACCUCUGAUGAGAACAGGCUGUGACUCUCGAUUUAUCUUUACAAACACAAUACUGGGUGCAAAAAAGUAUAACUCUCGUUUCUUAAGUUGAGUGAAGAAGCCAUGUGACUACCUGCAUGCUAAAAGCACUUACGUCGUUCCUGAUUGGUCAGUUUAAUAUGACGACAAAUAACAAAACCAAUACGAAGUACUGUUACAAAAAUCAUGGCUUCUUCACUCUACUGACAACAUCAGAAUGAGUCUUGGUCUAUUCUUCGCCUUUAGAGCAGGCGUGUACUUCAGCUUGUAGCAGUUCUUCACGGCAAAAUGGUCGAUGACAAAUUCAAUGACAAGUCCGUCCAGCAUUAGCUGGCUGACGAUAAAUGCAGUAGGUAACCGUUCCAUGGAACAAAUAUUAUGCAAUAUGGUUGACAAAAGUCACUUGAAAGUUUACAAAAUCUGGUAUUUUUGGUAUGUUUCAUCAGACUUCUUUUUUGCCAAAUUACCAUGGCACUUAACGUCUCUUCAUGAUCGAUCUUAAAUCUCCCACGAAGAUGUUGGACAAUACUGUUUAGAAGCUGGCUGAUUAAGAUAUUGCUAGUCACCUUCAACUGGCCGUAGAUUUGGUUCCUGUGGUGUUAUCAGACAUGUUUGGGUUCGGAACUUCGGCUGGCUGACGUAUGCUGGCAACCUACGACUAGCAUGAGGCAAUUUGAGAUGAAUGGAAACUACUCUUGUGAUGGAAUUAAAGUAUAUUUUGUGCAUUUCUA